CCCGUACUGUCUCCAUCUUUCACCAGGCUGUUUCACAUCCUUGACAAUACUGAAUGCACUGUUUCUUCGUUUUUCUGUGGGGUUUAAGUUGAAAAAGACAGCAAAAUCGACUCACAACUAAUCCUAAGCAUUGAAAGGCUACUUUCUGAAGAACCUAAAAUGGCUCAAUACGUUCGAGUCACAGAGGACGAGUCGCUGCCAGCAAUCGAAGUGCCAACCGAGGCAGAUGGAACAAUUUUACUGUCGACUCUUCAAGCGCAGUUUCCCGGUGCCUGUGGUUUGAGGUACAAGAACCCAGAGACUGACAGCUGGAGAGGAAUUCGUUUGUUGGAAAACAUGCUUUGCCCACCCGCUGAAGAAGGAUGGGGUGGACAUUUGUACGUUGUGGUGCAGAAAAAUGACAGCACUAGUAAAAGGAAGAUUGAAGAAUCUCCCAACACCAAAGCAGAACCAGAAACAAAAAUGACAAAGAUUUCUUCUCCAGAGGAUGGCUUAGGAGAUCUCAUUGUACUUGGACUUCCUUGGAAAACUACAGCAGAAGACAUGAAGGAAUAUUUUCAAAAGUUUGGUGAAAUAGUCAUGGCAGAGGUAAAAAUGGAUUAUGGUAGUAGUAAGUCUAGAGGAUUUGGGUUUGUGAACUUCAAGGACCCUGAAGUGGCAAAAACAGUGUUAUCCCAGGUUCACCGCAUUCAAGGCCGACUUUGUGAAGUGAGAUUGCCACGUUGUAAACAAGAAUUUAUGCCAAAGAAAUUGUUUGUUGGACGUCUUCCUGAUUCAACAAAUGAGGGGGAUCUUUUGGAUUACUUUAGUAAGUUUGGCGAGGUGAUUGAUGUCUACAUUCCAAAACCCAUGCGUGGAAUUUCAUUUGUCACAUUUGCUUCUGGAGAAGUUGCCAAGAAAGUUCAGUCUCAGAAUCAUCGCUUGGGAUCAAAUCUACUAAAUGUGAACUUUGCAGAGCCUAAAGCAGCAAAAAAUGUCCACAUGCCCUCUCCAGCAGAUAUGCAGUCUAUGUCCCAAAACUCCUUGCCAGGCUGGGGUGGUAUGGGAUUUCCCGAAAUGUAUGGAAUGGGUUCCUGGAACAAUGCUGGACGUCAGAAUAUGCCAUACAAUGCAUCAGCAGCUUACAAUAGUAUGAUGCAGAGCAUGAUGAACAUGGGGAACCCAUCAGGGGCUAGUAACAUGAUGGCCAACAGACAUGGAAGGCGAUAAAUAUCCAGGGUAGGAUUGUGUCUCUGUUUUCUGGAUUGUGGUACUUCAUACAAUUUUCAAACAUUCCUCCAGUUGUAAAAGCUAGCAUAUGAUGACUUGUUAUUUCACUGCAAUAAUAAAUUUAUUGUUUGCAGUGUGUAAAUAAGUUAUAUCAUAAGGCAGACUUUGUUAGAUUAUAGUUGAACUGACACUAGUUUUUCCUAAGGAAACGGUAUUGGUGCAUGAGAAUUACUACUCCAUCAGUUGGUACAGUAUCAUUCUGUAAUAUUUUUCUCAAAUAAAAAUUGAUACAAGGUGGUUUUUUAUUAAGUAAAAAUUUGCUAAAGAAAGAAAGUUGAGUAUUCAAAGUGAAUUUCUUUCUUCAAACGGUAGAUUUUUAUCAGGUGGAAGUAAACCAAGAGUGUCAUAGGGACCACCUCUUUCUCUUAUGUUAUAUACAUUUACACAUAUGUCAUGGCUUUUUUUAUCAUAAUUUGAAAUCAUUUUAAGUUAAAGUACCUUUGUUAUCAGCAUUGCAGCUACGAAUUCAACUCAAAAAGCACUGCAGCUGUAAAUUUUACUCAAAAAGCACAGUGAGACUGGAAAGAACUUUGCUUUUAUUAGUAAGGGUGAAGAAAUGUCAAGUGAAUGAGGAGUGAAUUCUACUGUUUACAUUAUUGAGGAAACAUUGUUUCAAAUACUUUGGAUGGGUGAGAGUGCUGUGUUAUGUAAGGGUGCAUGUGUAGCCAUCUGAUCUCUAUGAGUGUAAUGAAUUGUACUGCUUAGAUAUUUUCAUUUUGUCUUUGCAUUACCAUUAAAUUUAAGAGUUGAACACAACCUGAACACCGUAGGGGUCCAAAUAGUGAACUUAGUUUUUGCAUAUUGUAUAAUCAUAUUGCAUAUUGCUUCAUUCUUAACUUUGUCAUCAUCGUAAAAUUGUCUUGAAGGAAUGACAAGAAAGCGAAAUAAAUGACCUGGAUGUGUGUGGGAAAUUGUUCAGU